AGAAAAUAAAAGCAACCACACUGUCAAGUAGUCACUUCAUAUGGUGAAUACCACUUCAGCCGUCAGUUUCAAGAUGCCGAAAUGAAAUGACAUGCAGUGUCUACAGGAUGGAGUGGAACGAAUUGCCAUGUGGCAAAUGGACAGAAUCCCAUGUGAGCUCCUGGUUAAAAUCCAUUGGAGUAAAAGAGAAGUACAUUCUGAAACUGUACGAAGAGGAGGUAACAGGACCUUCACUAAUGAAGCUGCAAAGAGAAUAUCUACGUGACACAAUUGAAAUGAAAGGUGGCCAAAUUGAACUUCUGCUAUCUAAUCGUAAUGAUCUAUUGAAGCCAAGACCACAGAAACUAAAAGCAGGCAGUAGCACACAGAGAGAUACCAGAAAUGAUGAAUCCAGUGCUGCAUCCUCACAAGAGUCAAAAGACAAAGUUGAGAGGACCAGUGAAACAAGUGAAAUAGGACCCAUUUCCACAAGUGAAAAUGAACAAUCAGAUGGCUCAUCUUCUUCUCUAAGUAACUUCCAUGCAUUUGAUGAACAUGACAAAGACUUCCGAUAUGUCAAGCACAGAGUUCUUCCACCAGAGACUGGAAUUGAAAACAUGAUUGUUCCAUGCCAUGAAUACAAGUCACUGGAAAUUGCCCACAAAUUAGAACCACUGAAGCUUAGAGUCAAAGUCGCAAGUGAGGUAAUCAGAUUUGCUUGUGGGUGCAUGAACAUGCGAACCAAUGGCACAAUACACUUUGGGGUCAUGGAUAAGAUUAAAGACAGCUACAAGCAUGGUGAAAUCAUCGGAAUACCAGUUGAAAACCAAAGUGACUUUGUGGAUGCAUUGGACUACAUUGAAAACUGCUUCAAGGAUUUAAACCACCAUUCUGAUGCCAGGAAAUGCAUAAGGAAUCCAAAGUUUAUUGAGGUAAUUGACAAGGGGAGCAGUGGAGGAAACUGUAUCAUUGAAUUUGACAUUGUCCCAAAGGCAAGAGUGGUGAAAAACCAACUCUAUAGUGUUACCAUUCCAAAGUUCAGCGAGAAAACCAACAGAGUAAUCUAUGAGGAGAAAGCACCAUACCACAGAGUAGGGGCCAAUACACCCCGCAUACCUAGUGAAGACUUAGUUCAUUUCAUUCAAGGACUGAAAGAGAAAGAUCUACAGAGGGAAGAGGCAGAGUCUUCUACCAGUCAAACAACUGCAGACACUAGAGAGGAUCUUGGGAGAAAAUUGUCAAUUCUCUUGACCUGUGGAAAAAAGUACAUGGAUGACACCUUGUCAUUCAUCAUUGUGACAAAUAAGUUUCAAGAAGAACAUCUGAAGACUAUCAACUUCUUAGUGCACAUGAAAAUCUUCUGUGUUUUUGACUUUGAUCCAGACUCCAAAACAUCUGGACUUUGUGGACAAUAUCGUGAGCACCAUGCUGCUAACCUCCACUUUUUGCAUGACUUUGCUAUUGAUCCUGGUCUAAGCACCACUGACUUCAAGAAGAACUUACAGCUAUUUGAUAGGACAAGCUGGAUAUUCUGCAAUGGGCGGAAUGAUUACCAUGGUGGAGAAGAUCCUUGUGAUGAAAAAACCUGGAUCAGAACAAAGAAAAAACAACUGAAAAGGACUGUCUCUGUCAUCUGCAAUGAAAUCCUUCCUAAAGGUUCAUUUGUGGUCCUUUUCUUGCUCAUGUCUCAGGUUGAACAGCCACUUGUUGAUACAUUUCACGAAUUCUAUGCAGAAAUGAAUGGCCACGAGGAUUUGGCUAUCAUUUCAGAGUCCAUAGAGAACUACAAGAAGUGGUCAAGUCACGCUCAAACAUCUUGUGAUUUGGAAUCACUGGAACGAAUCAGCAUUGUUGGCAUGCCAAUGAGUCAUGUAGAUGCUACAAUUCAAAGCAUUCAGCUUUCCAAUAAACAACUGACUCGACGCUUACCUGUGUUCAACAAAGGUCUGUGCUUCCUGAAGCCUAUAGAUGAAGACACGAUGCUUUCUCUGGACAUAGUCAGUGCUGAUCAGUGUGAAGAAACAAACUUGGAUGUAAUGGGCAAUGACCAAGUUAGUAACAUUGAGAAGUAUUUCUAUCAAGGAGGGAAGAUCAGCUGGAUGCACUUGUGGCUUGCAGAAAAUGUGAAGUGUGAAGAGGUCAUUCAGAGAGACGCAUACAAAGAAACAACCAAGAUUUUAGAGGCCAUUUUACAGGGUGAUACAACAAAUAGGUCCAUUCAGAGUGUCAACAUAUGUCACCAACCUGGCAGUGGUGGAAGUACAGUCGCACAUCAGAUCCUCUGGAACUGUAGAACCAAACUCCGGUGUGCAGUGGUUAAGCAAUCAUACCUAAUUGAAACUGUUUGUCAGCAUUCAGUACGCCUCCGAGAAUAUGAAGAGAAAGACAAAAACCGUUGUCUCCCGGUGCUCUUGCUGCUGGAUGACUGUAAUGCAGAGUAUGUAGAUGAGCUCAGGCGAGAAUUAGGUAAUGCAAUUGCAACCAUGAAGAUCAAUGCUUCGGCAUUAUGUUUCAUCCUUCUUAUCUGCAAAAGAUGCCACAACCCAGAAAAGAUGACAAGAAAUUCCCAGACAGUAUCAGUGACACACAAUCUGUCUAAACAGGAGAAGAUUCUAUUCAAAAAGAAACGGCAAGAACUGAUGUCUGAACCUAUUGAGUCCAUUCUAGCUUUUGUACUCAUGAGUGAGGGAUUUCAGAAGAGUUACAUUGAGGGCUUUGUGAAGAACCUACUGGAGGAUAUUGAUCACUCAUCUCUCACCACUCGCCUUAUCCGAUUUGUGGCCUUGCUGAACUGUCAUGUUCAGAACUCCUACAUAUCUGUGUCACACUGUGAGGCCUCCCUGGGCUUAGGCAUCCAAAUAGAUCGCUUCCGUUACCAUACAUUUGUGAAUUCUCUAAGUGAACAGGCCAGACUUGUUUUCAUACAACUGAGAGAAAGUACAACACACAUUUCAUCCAUUAAAAUGCACCCUCUCGUAGCAAGGGAAAUUCUGGAACAGCUGUCUGCCAUUCAGCCUCAAAGCUCCAUCGCAAAGGAUCUUCUCCUUGACAAGGUUCUGAUGGAUCAUAGGUUUGGCAGGGAUGAAUUUCUGAAGUUCCUCCGAGAUCUGCUCAUCAGACGCAACAAAAUAAGCAGAGGUGAUCCUGAUGACAGUUCGUUCUCUCCUUUGAUUGAGCAUGUCUGUAGAGAGAAGCCUGAUGGCCUUCAAAAAGCAACUGGACUUUUAGAAGCAGCAUAUACCUGCUUUGGAAAGGAUGCAUUUGUUGCCCAGCAGCUAGCACGACUGCUUUAUACGAACAAAAGUUUCAUUGAGGCCCAGCGUUGGGCAGAGGAAGCAAAAGCGCGUUGUCCACAUGAUACUUUCAUCCUUGACACGGAGGGGCAGGUAUACAAAAAGUGGUUUUAUGAACAACAUGAUGCUCUGGGGAAAGCUGAGAAACCGCCUGAAGAGGUAUGUGAAAUCAUUGGUACAGCUCUGAAAGGAAUUGCUGCCUUUCGUGCCUCUGAAAAAGCUCCCAAAUCAGAGACAGUCAGUCUGAACAGCUCCUACUUUGGGGAAGUAGACGUUGGAUGUCGGCUCCUUCAGCUCAUAUCCUCAGUGAAUGUUUUUUCUACAAAAGAUGGAAAAUCUGAGCUUAUGAGAUACUUACUGACUGACGAUAUACCAGAAGCAGUUAGUAAACCCUGGAAGAAGUUUCAUGGCCAGUUAAAAGGACUUAAAAAAAGUAUUGAAAAUGCUCUCGAGUGCAUUUCUGAAGACCUAAGUUACUUUCGCACUGACAUAAGUGAGGAAGAAGAGGAACUUGACACACGAGAACCUGAACAGGUAAACAAUCCAAGGAAAUGGCUUACAAGGAAAAGCGCUGUGUACGCUGGCUUUUUCUGUAAUGUUGUUUCGCAUGUAGACAGUCCAAUGCCUGACUGUGCUGAAGAUGUAAUGGUCACUCCGUUCAAAAAACUAAUGAAAAUUUACGAGUUAGGAGGUGGGAAUGUCACAACCAUCCUCUCCCUGCUCUCUGACCACAAGACUGGGAGAUGUGGCAAGAAGCUAGAGGAAAUCAUUUCCAUGUAUCCAGAGAACCCCAAAAUGAAAGAACUUGACCAGACAGACCUGGUCAACUACAUUUUCUCUCAGAUAGCUCUUGCUUGUGCUAUACCAGGUUCUCCAAAGCUAGUUGCGCUAACAAAACUUCAAGAUCUCAGCAUGAGAUUUUACAGGGAAGGCAGCAAGUCAGCAAGUGCCUUCUUUUUGCUUUCAAUCUUAUUCUGGCCAGAGGACAAUGAACCUAGCUCUGCAAAAAACAAAGAAGUCUUUAUGUCAGCCAUUGAGGACCUUCAAAGACUACGUCGGCUUAAAAUGAAACCAAAAAAGAGCAGAAUAAUGACUCACUUCUUUCUUGGAAAGGAAAGGGGUCUGAACAGGAUUGUUCAUAGGAGUGCUAUUGAAAAGCACAUUAAGGGAAAUCUCACGGAGAGAAGGCUCAAGUGGCUCGGUGGGGAGGUGUGGAAAACCCCACAGGUUGUCCAAAUGCUGAAACGUGUUGAAGGAUGGACAGAAAACGAGCAUCUGUUUGUUCAAGGCAAAACCAAGGGAAGCAAGAUCCGAGUCAUCCCCUUGUAUUCUGCCUCGUUACCAAAUGCAAAUGAAAACGUCACUUUUUACCUAGGAUUCUCGUUCGAUGGGGUGGUUGCUUUUGACAUUAAAGUUCAGGAAGAGUAAGAUAUACUUCAACUUCAUGUCCAUAUAAGCACAAAAUGUGCUCCCAAAAGGUUUCUACUACAUAGCGAAAUGAGAGUAACCAAAUUAAUGUGAUUUACAUUUUCACUACUGUGAAUGGUUAGCAGCUGAUUAGGAACACUUUAGUAAAUAAUGUAUUUGCAACAUUUGAGAACUUGACAAGAAAUACAAAGAGCAACAUGUAAAUACAAUGGGAACCCUGGAACACAAACGGGGGUAGAUGGUCCUGUUAAAAUAAGCUGUAUUAGGUAAAUACAAUGGGAACCCUGGAACACAAACAGAGGGUAGAUGGUGCUGUUAGAAUAAGCUGCAUUAUGUAAAUAGUGAAUAACGUUGUAUGUAUAAUGAUGAUGUUGUAAAUAAAUACCUUUUAAUUGUC